AUGGCGACUCAGGAGGAUCACCACUAUGGCCUGGGAGACCCAGCGAUUCUGGACAAAAUUGACCGACUCUUUGCCUGCGGUGUAGGCGAUUACAUCAACUUGCCUCAGAUCGUGGUGGUAGGGGACCAGUCUUCGGGCAAGAGUAGUGUCCUUGAAGGUCUUAUCCGGAAACCAUUGCCUCGAGACAGUGGUCUAUGUACGCGGUUCACGACGCAAAUUAUUUUCAAGCGGUCGUCUUGCGAAACCAUCUCGGUGUCAAUCAUACCUGGCACAGACGCCACCGACGAGCACAAAGCGGGCCUCCAUGCGUGGUCCAAACGAGAGCUACAAACGCUCGACUGUGCUACAUUCGCCUCCAUCAUGGAGGAGGUUCACCAUACGAUGGGUCUCUCGCGGCAUCAAGAGGGAUCAGCCCGCAAAGGGCCCACGUUCUCUCGUGAUGUCUUGCGUUUGGAGAUCUGUGGGCCCACUCAAGAGCACCUGAGCGUCAUUGACGUCCCGGGUAUUUUCAAAAACACCACUCCAGGAAUUACCACCAAAGAAGACAUAUCGCUCGUACGUAGUAUGGUCCUGGGUUACAUGGAAAAUCCUCGAUCCGUUAUGCUGGCGGUCAUUCCUGCGAACGUGGACGUCGCGACUCAGGAGAUCCUCCAACUAGCAGCCGAUGUCGAUCCAGACGGGAAACGAACGCUAGGUGUCCUUACUAAACCAGACUUGGUCGACCAGGGUGCUGAAUCCCGCGUGGUCGACUUACUGCAAGGUCAAGCUCACCCCUUGAGGCUUGGCUGGCAUGUCGUGCGGAAUCCCGGCCAACAACACUUGUCCGAUAUGUCCCUCGAUCGGGGCAGACUCGAGCAGGAUUUCUUCAAUACCAGGGUUCCAUGGAACAAGCUAGAGACGUAUAAGGUGGGGAUCGAGUCCUUACGACUCCGCAUCCAAUACGUUCUCUCCGACCUUGUGCGACAAGAAUUUCCCAAGGUGAAACAAGAAACGGCGCGAAAACUGACUCUUGCCCGAGGAAAACUGAGCCAACUGGGCAUGGAACGAGAGACUCCUGAAAAACAAUUGUUGUAUCUCACGGAUUUGGCGACAAAAUUCCAACGUGUGGUGUCCUUCUCCGUCGAUGCCAAGUAUGGGAGCGACGCCAUCUUUGACGACAUGCAGCUGAGGUUGGCCACUCUCAUCAGUACGCGCAACGUGACGUUCUCCGAUGAUCUUAGUCGACAUGGUCAAGAGUAUUGCUUCACCACUUCGGAGAACUUGAGAGACACCGAUGGGGAUUCGCCACCCCCCUUAUCGUGGGAGUCCGUCGACAGUGACUCAUCCGAACGCGAGGAGACAUUCGAAACUCGCAAAUUGACCGACUCUGUGGAUGUCGAAGAAAUCCUGCAGGCGCAGGAAAGUUUCUCCACUAUGAAUGGGAAGUCCAUUGCUCGCUGGCUCCGCGAGGUGUACACGAGCUCGCGAGGCUUCGAAUUGGGGACCUUUGACUCUUCGAUUUUGGCGACGACCAUGAAGGUGCAAUCAACGAAGUGGACUGGCAUCGCGCUCGGGUACAUCAGUGAUGUUGUAGCGAUUGUUCACCGUUUCAUCGAUCGGGUUCUAGACUCGAUCUGUCACGAGCGAUUGGUUAAAUCCGAAUUGCUCUCGGUUUUGAUGGAUGGUCUGCUCGAGCGUUACUCUAAGGCCAUUGACCAUGUGCGCUUUCUGCUCGACGUUGAGCGUGUCGGAACCCCGAUGACGUUGAAUCACUACUUUACGGACAACCUUGAAAAAUGUCGCCAAAAACGAAUGAAGACACUGAUGUCUAGGAUGUCCAUCAACGAUUGUACACACGGGCAGGUAGUCCCACUUCAAGAUGUGGCCCAAAGCCAUCCAAUGAGCAACACUGAACACGUCGUUCAGGACCUCCAUGAUAUCCUCUUUUCUUACUACAAGGUGGCACGGAAGCGGUUUGUGGACAGCGUCUGCAUGCAGGCCGCCGACCAUUUCCUCAUCAACGGGCCUCAGACACCCUUGGCUCUGUUUUCCCCGAUGUUUGUGAGCAGUCUCAAUGCGGAGCAACUAGAGGCUAUUGCAGGUGAAGAUUAUGGAUCUCGAAGGACGCGAUUACAUCUUAAAAGAGAGAUUGCUAGUCUGGAGGAUGCUAAGAAGAUCUUGAAGUGA